UGACACAUCCGUUAAAGGAUCCAGCCCGAUCCUCAAAAAAAAAAUUCCCAAACAUGUUCAUCGUUCAUCAUCCACACUGGCUCUUGACAAACGCAGUUGGUCAGAAACUAAUUUAACAAAAUUAUCUGUUACAACAAAGUCUUUGCUUGUUAAGACAUUACCGAUGAAAGAGAAAUGGAAUUCAAUCGAUUAAUAUGCCUUUAUAAAAAGUUUUUCUGUUAUAUUCAUAUCCGAUUCAGAAUCUGAAGGAAAUGAGAGGUGGGAAAUUGCUAGUUUUGUGUGCGAUAAUAUCGUUCUUUGUGUAACACAGGCAGAGAAUAUGAAAGUUAAAAUAUCCGCAUCUGAUGUACAAUUUGAUAACCAACUGUGUUCGAGAGAAUCUUAUGAUUUUCCAGUUGUUCUAAUCGGGCAGGAAGUGAAAGAGAUCAAGAAACUCUUAACCCUUAAUGUUCCUAUUAAAGUUUUGAUAGAAGGUGCAUCGGAGAAGGCAUUAGUUAUGAUGGACUUCACAUUAGAAACUUGGAAAGACCAUUCUAAGACAAAGUUCAUCACAGGAGUGAAAUCGUUGAAAGUAAGGGUGAAUCCCAUCUCUUGUUACAUAGAGGACACAUACAUAACUAGGCUGAUGAAUUACCUCAGUGUUUUCAUUCCAACAAGGCUGGUUUUAUUGCCGAUUAGAAAAUCAAUAUUGAAACUCAAUAAUACCUCGGGAUGUGUGAACGUCCCUGAAAUUGUGUCUUGGCAAUGCGCCAUCUUAGCCAGACCAUUAACAUUGCGGAAAAUCCUCAUAGAGCCAGUGUCGCUCUUACUGUCUGUUCAUUCCUCUGUCAAACUUUAUAUAGCUUUGGAUCAGUCACCAUUAUAUUUUGGACAAUUUGAAAGACGAAGACUUCUUACUACUCACUAUAGGUUAGGACAUGCUAUGACCAUGCAUUACCUUUCCGGAGCAAUAUUUGGAGCAGGUUGGGUGGUUAGCUCGCUAGAACUACUAGGAAGCCCAGGAGGUUUAGCUCGAGCCAUGGGCACUGGUUUAAGAGACUUUGUGAGCCUGCCUUACAGAGGUUUGGUGGAGGGGCCAAUGGCCUUCCUCAGGGGUAUCACCCAGGGCUCUGCCUCGCUAAUGAAGCAUGUGACGGCGGGAACUCUCCUGUCAUUAACGAAACUGGCUUCGAGUGUGGCGAGAAACUUGGAUAGGCUGACUUUAGAUGAAGAACAUCUCAAAAGGGCGGAGGAGCAAAGACGGCAAAGACCGCAGGGUUUGGCACAAGGUUUCAUGCAGGGCUUGACCGGACUGGGUAUAAGUCUUCUCGGAGCAGUGGGAGGCAUAGCCCAUCAUUCCCUUCAAUCUGUGAUAACUGAUGGAGCCUCGCCAAGGUCAUUCGUGGCAGGGGUUGGUCUUGGGCUCGUGGGAAUAGUUACAAAACCUCUGAGUGGAGCUGCAGAACUUGUUGCUCUGACAGGACAGGGUCUGCUACAAGGGGCUGGUUGGAACUCUCUUCCAGAACCACGAUCAGUUCCCUUAGUAUACAAAAUUGAGCAUGGCACAAAUUCACUUCUGAAAUAUAAUUGGAAACAUAUCCAUGCCAUGUCUCCGUCGCAAAUACUGUAUGUUGCAGAAGCUACGAACAUCUCCAGUACCUCUCAGUACGAAUCGAUUGCUCUAAUUCUCACAGUUGAUGCUUUGAUAAUUGUCAAUUUGGAUGAAGAUGAAACGCAAAGAGUAAUAAGUCUUUCGGACUUAACUGUUUGUCCGAAUAAUGAUCCUACUUUGCUUGUAUUCAAACUGACUCCUCCUUUAGUUCAAGCAAAGUCUGAGGAUGAAUGUGCUGCUGAAAUGGAUCUUGUAAGUAGGGCCAGAGUAGCAGAUUAUGUGAAAAGCACAAAAGGUUUGUUGAAUUUACCAGAAUCAGAAAAUGGGGCUGAGCACUCAGAAAUCGACAUAUCCCCCCUAUCUUCACCUGGUGCCACAGAGAAUGCUUCUGAAGAAUCUACAGUAUUAACGUAUUAUGUAAAUUUGCAAUGUAGAAAUUAUUUCCUUUGUUUGCUGGCUCUUGCCAAGCAGCAAAGACUAAAUUAUAAUUUUCCAGUUUUAUAGAAAAAUGUAACUUUUUUACACCAUCGUGAUGAAAUAAAAUAUAUUUAUUGUU